CUUACACGAGCACAAAGUGCUAAGCCACCUUCUCUCCGCUGAACUGGUUCACGCAUGGCUUUCAUACUCUGUGUUUGUUUUUAUUUUUAGCGGCAGUUUUUAUGUGUUAAGGAUAUUAUGUAUUCGGACCUCUCAACUUGAUUAGAGGGAGCCACUUAUAAUCCUUUCACAACAGAGGAGGCUCCACAUCACUGCGCCCUGCAGGACCCGGACAGAUUCCCGCACUGAGGGUUAACCCUGAAGCCCGAAGGAGAGCGCCGCCCUGCCGCUGUGCCACAGCAGCGAAUGGAGAAGUACGAGAAGCUGGGGAAGAUCGGGGAAGGCUCGUACGGGGUCGUGUUCAAGUGCCGGAACAGAGACACGGGACAGAUCGUGGCCAUCAAGAAGUUCGUGGAGUCCGAGGACGACCCUGUCAUUAAGAAGAUCGCUCUGAGGGAAAUCAGGAUGCUGAAGCAACUGAAGCACCCGAACCUGGUGAAUCUGAUCGAGGUGUUCCGACGCAAGAGGAAGCUGCACCUGGUGUUCGAGUACUGCGACCACACAGUGCUGAACGAGCUGGACCGCUACCCCCGAGGGGCACCGGAGCACCUGGUGAAGAGUAUAACUUGGCAGACGCUCCAGGCUGUAAACUUCUGCCACAAACAGAACUGCAUUCACAGGGAUGUGAAGCCAGAGAACAUCCUCAUCACCAGACAGCAGGUCAUUAAACUGUGUGACUUCGGAUUCGCCAGGAUACUGACUGGCCCCUGUGAUUACUACACAGACUACGUUGCGACGCGCUGGUACCGGGCCCCAGAGCUGCUGGUCGGGGACACACAGUACGGGCCCCCUGUGGAUGUCUGGGCCAUCGGCUGCGUCUUCGCAGAGCUGCUCUCUGGCGUCCCCUUGUGGCCGGGGAAGUCGGACGUGGACCAGCUCUACCUCAUCAGGAAAACACUGGGUGAUCUCAUUCCCAGGCAUCAGCAGGCGUUCAGUACUAACCAGUUCUUCAGUGGAGUCAGCAUCCCUGUGCCAGACAACAUGGAACCUUUAGAAUUGAGAUUCCCGGGCGUUUCUUCCCAGGCGCUGGGGUUAAUGAAGGGCUGUCUGCGGAUGGACCCUGCGGAGAGGCUGGCGUGUGGUCAGCUCUUGGAGCACCCGUACUUCGACAGCCUGCGCGAGGACAGCGAGGCGGCGGCGGCGGGGAGGGAGCAGGAGCGCGCCACCAAGAGGAGGGCCAGGCUGCCACGCAAACACCUCCCGCCCGGGUAUUUGCCUCAGCUCACCGGCAGCAACAUAUUCCCAUCUUCGGACAGCAAGAAGUACUACAACUUGCGGAAAUUCAAUUACCACUUUCCCAACAUCUAACUCCCACGCAGCGAAGCCUGCAGGGACUCGGGGGGGCUGGAAAACAAGCGAGGCAGGUGUACACAAGCACCUACUGCAAUUUCAAAAAACAACACAAAGCAAAGAGGUGUUGAGUUUUUCCAAAGCAGUGAGACCAGUGAAGACUGGCGGUUCUGAGAGGGGCUGCAGUCCGAUGGGGUUCUCCUGGGCACUGAUAUUUAUUUAUUUCCUCCUUGAUGUAAUGAUUUCUUUAGUCUUUGUGCGUCUGUGAUGACAAGGUACUCUAAACACAGUUCCGCGGAUACAUUUCAUACCCGACACGCUGGGCAAAGCAGAACCAUGCUGCCUUCAACCAAUCUACUUGCAGUACAGUGUGUCAGCUGAAGUUUGCCAAUCGAUACUUUUAUUGUAU